AUGUUUCACAUAUCCAGAAGCUUUAGGAGUAUAACAGGGAAAAGGCUGUUUUCUAGCACCUGUAUACCGCACCACAUGGGUGUAUCUGCAUUCAAGCCUGCCAACCUGGGUAAGAAUCUCUCCCAGUUUGAUAUGUUGGCGCUCACGGAAUCGCCCCAGAACAACAUCGAGAUGAUCUCGCAAGAUGCCAUUGUUUUCUCUAAUCUGGUGGUUGUUCAGAGUCCCGAAAGACACACGGGCAACAUACUGGGAGUUCUUCUUAUGGACAACCAGAUAUUCGAGGUGGACCUAGGAAAAGAGACCGAACCCGACAAGUUUGGUCUUGAAUUUACCCAGAAAGGGUCCAUGGUUCAUUUCAAAGAUGAUGUUUGCUAUAGUUUGCUGAAAACAGUUUUUCCCAAGCCGGAGCUGCUGGUGUUAGGACUCGGCUCACGCUCCAGAAUGCUCGAUCCAAGGACGAAGCAAAGGUUCCACGAACUGGGAAUACAGUUGGAGAUCAGCGACACCAAAGCGGGUGCCCAGAGUUACGAUUUGUUGGCAACAGAGAGAAGCCCAACACAGGUGGCAGCCAUGUUACUUCCUCCAAACUUGUAA